GGACGCGGAUUAAUAUAGCUUUGUAUAGCUUCAGGUGUUUAAAUUAGAGGCAAACUAACGUUAUUCUAAUACAGUGUUUAUGAAAUUAUGUUGUUUUCUGACCGAAACAGGACACACUUUUUCUGUAGAGCUAAAACAAAUUAGCAAAAUCAUGAACCCACUGUUAGCACAGAUGAUACCCCAAACGUUACCGCCAUUAACUACGAGCCAACGUGCAGCUUUGGAGCGGGCUAAAAAGUACGCAAUGGAACAAAGUAUUCAGGAUGUUUUAUUAAAACAAACAAUUCAGCACCAACAACAACAGAUGACAAGCAUGCAGGGGGCAGCGCAAAAGCAAAGAGCAUUAGCCAUUAUGUGCAGAGUGUAUGUUGGUUCUAUAUAUUAUGAUAUUGCACAAAGUAUGGUUCAAGAAGCAUUCACACCUUUUGGACCAAUUAAAAGCAUGGAUAUGUCAUUUGAUCCAAUUACUGGAAAACACAAGGGGUAUUGUUUCAUUGAUUACGAAAUACCUGAAGCCGCACAUUUGGCUGCUGAGCAAAUGAUGAUCGCCCAGCUUGGUGGUCGAACAAUAAAAGUUGGCAGGCCAAGCAAUAUUGGGCAAGCUCAGCCCAUAAUUGAUCAACUUGCAAGUGAAUCAAAUAAUUAUAACAGAAUAUAUGUCGCAUCUAUUCAUCCUGACUUAGAAGAAAGUGAUUUACGUUCGGUGUUCCAAGCGUUUGGGAAAAUCCUUUCGUGCCAGAUGGACAGGGAUUUCGUGACUAGGAGACACAGGGGAUAUGCUUUUAUUGAGUAUGAGUUGAAACAGUCGUGCCAAGAUGCGGUUGCAAGCAUGAAUAUGUUUGAUCUAGGAGGACAAUACCUUAGAGUUGGGCAAGCCAUCACUCCUCCAAAUACACACUUUGACUUGCUUUCAGCACCCGGGGCAGGAAAUUCCACUUUACCACCAGCGGCUGCAUUAGCUGCUGCUGCAGCCACUUCUAAGAUAAUGGCUCAAGAAGCUGCAAACCCGCUACUUGCAGCAAGGAAAGCAGCCGCGGGUUUAGUUCCAGGCAUCCAAGGACCAGCGUUACUUAAACAACCAACUGCUGUAUUUGCUGCCAAUCAACCAGGAGUGGUAACAGGAGUUACCCCAGCGGGGGGCGCCAGCUACUUUUUCCAACAACAACAAAACAACAUGAAUCGACUGAACUCACAGGUUAAUGGAAAAGAUCUUCUACCAACUGGUGCGCAGACACUUAGUCAGCAAGAAGCAGGCUUGAAUAUUUCAGGAAGUUCUCAACGUCACCUCGUCAUGCAGAAGUUAAUGAGGAAGGAAGAGAGUCAGGUGAUGGUGAUGCGGAACAUGGUGACGGUGGAAGACCUCGAUGAAGAUUUGGAAGCGGAAGUAACAGAGGAAUGUGGGAAGUUCGGAAGCGUGGAACGGGUCGUGAUUUAUCAAGAAAAACAGGGCGAAGAAGAAAACGCAGAAGUUAUCGUUAAAAUAUUUGUCGAGUUUUCCAACCUUGCUGAAUGUGAGAAAGCUGUUAUGGCUCUUAACAACCGAUGGUUUGGUGGCAAUAAAGUGACUGCCACACAUUAUUCCUACCAACGAUAUUCUGCUAAUGAUCUAACUGGCUGAAGGAGGAAUGUGAUGUGAUAUUAUUCACUAUGUUGCAAAUGCAUUGAGUUGGUGGCCAAGAGGUGUAUGUAAAAUCAUUCUAACAAACUUCACACAAGUAUUAUGUUGGUACCAGUAACAUUAAGCACCAGAUACUGAACAGCUGCAUUCAUAUCUCCCCCCCCCCCAUUACUUUUGCUUUGGUUACAUCUAAUGUAUAAUUCUGCCUGCUUUUGUUAAUUUUGGUUGCGCAGUACUUUUUCUUUGCAUUUAAUGCAUAACCUUUUUCAUUCUGGCUGCUCUUUGGAAAAAUUAGAACCAAUACAACAAAAAUAAAG